GGAUUGCACUAAUGCGGCCUGAAGUUCGUACUACAUUACUACAACUACUUAUGUCUUAGAAUAUAAUAGUAUAAUACCUACAUUAAUACAUAUUAUUAUAUAUUAUUCUCUAUAAUGUUCCAUCAAUAUCAGUUAUGUUUUUUUGUAAAUUUGUGAUUGAGUUCUUUAGCAAUUUGCCAUAUUUUUAUUGUUGUAUGAUGCUUUAGUUUUUGUGUCUGUGAUUAAAUUUGGGUCAAAAAUAUAUAUUUAUAACUUAUAUACAAUAUUUAUUAUCUGUGUUCUGUAGUGUUUAAUACAAUUAUCUUCAAUCAUUACAAAUUUUGUCAUGACGUCUUUGAAGAUAUUACAAUCAAUAGUCUCAAAAAAUGAAUUUUUUACUAAAAUAUUACUUAAACCCAAACGGGAGUAUUGUUGUUUUAAUAUUAAUCGAUUACAGUUUAAAUAUUACUCAUUUCAACAUCAAAUAAAAUGCAACCCUUAUGACAGCCUCAGCAUUCAAAAGUUUUCUAUGUCUAAACAAUUUUCUACUUCUAAUAAUCAGACUGAAAUAGAUUUUGAACAGACGUGCAAUGAAACAUUAGAAUCAUUAUGUGAAUAUUUUGAACAAAUCAUAGAAGAUAAUCCACAGCUUGAAAACCCUGACAUUUUAUUCAGUGAUGGUGUAUUAACAGUUCAAUUAGGUGAACCUUAUGGCACAUAUGUUAUUAAUCGACAGACACCAAAUAAACAAAUUUGGUUGAGUUCACCAAUAAGUGGUCCAAAACGAUAUGAUUUUAAUGGUAUAAAAUGGAUUUACAAACAUGAUGGUGUCAGCUUACAUGAAUUAUUGACUUGUGAAUUUUCUAAAGAAUAUUCAUUUAAUGUAAACUUUUCUAAUUGCAUAUUUAGUGGUACUUUAAGUAAAUAGUUAUAUUUUGUUCAAUUAUUUAUAAUAUUAGGAAUAUUAGAUUAUG